UAGUCGGCCCUGUCACACAGCCGCUGCGGGAUAGAAAGAAAAUCCAAAUCCCACGACUAAAAGCAUAAACUUCCCCCAGAUACUAUUCUUCCCCCAUGUGUUCUUUUGUGUGUCGAGUGUCAACUAAAAAAACUAAGUGCUAAAACCCCAAACACACUUUCUCUUACUGAACUCCUCACUCCAAAAAAUGGCAUCAACCAGUUUAAGUGUAUUGCUCUCAAACCCCUUCUCUCCACCACGGCCACAUCGCCACCGAUUCACUCCCAAAACCCAAACCCACCUCACAAUCAGACAUCAUCCUAGGCCAAACCCAACCUCAAUUCUCUCAUUUAAUUCAGUACUUCGUUGCUGUUCUUUUCGCAAUUCCAAGUUUCAGCUUCGAACUUCCAUGGGAGACACAGCCAAAAAGACCUCCGAAGAUGAUGAGGAUGAGGCUUUGUUGGUGGUGGGUGAGGACUCGGCUUUCUUUGACUUGGCUCGGCAGAAGAUAUCUUCUUGGUUACUCUUCUCUCUUGUUCUUGGAGUGGUUCUGUUCGUGCUAGACUUUGCUUGGAUUGAUAACUCUGGCCUCGGUCUCGGCAACGCGUUUAUCCAUGCUGUUUCGGAACUUUCCGACAGCCCUGAGGUUGUGAUGUUGACCCUUAUUCUCAUUUUUGCCAUUGUCCACAGUGGCUUGGCUAGCCUCCGAGAUGUGGGUGAGAAACUCAUUGGAGAACGAGCUUUCCGUGUUUUGUUUGCUGGGACAUCUCUGCCAUUGGCUGUUAGUACUGUUGUGUAUUUCAUCAACCACAGAUAUGGUGGACUACAAUUGUGGCAGCUCCAGAGUGUUCCUGGGCUACAUCAGCUUGUGUGGCUCUCUAAUUUUAUCUCUUUCUUUUUCCUGUAUCCAUCAACCUUUAAUCUGUUAGAGGUAGCGGCAGUUGAGAAGCCUAAAAUGCAUCUUUGGGAAACUGGGAUUAUGAGAAUCACAAGGCACCCACAGAUGGUUGGACAAGUAAUGUGGUGCCUGGCUCACACUAUUUGGAUUGGGAACUCUGUGGCAGUGGCAGCUUCUCUUGGAUUAAUUGGACACCAUCUAUUUGGUGUUUGGAAUGGAGAUAGAAGGUUAGCUAUAAGGUAUGGGGAGGCUUUUGAAGAUGUCAAAAAGCGAACAAGUGUCAUUCCCUUCGCAGCAAUACUGGAUGGCAGACAAAAGUUGCCAAAAGAUUACUACAAAGAAUUUAUUCGAGUCCCAUAUUUGACAAUUACAGCAUUGACAUUAGGCGCAUAUUUUGCACACCCACUGAUGCAAGCAGCCAGUUUCAGGCUUCAUUGGUAGGAUGGAUACAGGUUCAUCUUUGUAUUAAUUGACACACGAUUUUGGAAUUGUAUAUAAUUGAUGUAUGAUAACACGUCAUCUUUUGGAUGUUUAGAAGCAAAUGUCAUCUUGAGCAUAUAAAAGCAUUGUCACUCAUAAUUGAAAUUUUGGUUCAAAGAAUCCAUACAUGUCUAUAAUUUUAUUUGGUAGGAUGGAUACAGGUUCAUCUUUGUAUUAAUUGACACACGAUUUUGGAAUUGUAUAUAAUUGAUGUACAAUAACACGUCAUCUUUCAUCUUUUGGA